AUGAUCGGUUUGAGUCAUGAUAUGUACGCUGCUGAUGAUAUAUUUUAUUCCAUAGAUUAUGCUUCAAUAUUAUACGGAGCUGUUGUGAUGGAUUACCCAAACGACAAUAAUAAUGCUAUAACUCACAGUAUUCGCCAUUUUAUUGUGGGAUCUUGCAAUGGCUUGAUUUUAUUAUUGACCGAAGAUAGUGAAAAAUUAUUUCUUUGGAACCCAUCCACAAGAGAGUACAAGGAAAUCAUAAGAGCACCGACGGCCGUAGAAAACCUUUCCUAUGGGUUUGGUUACGAUUUCAAAACUGAUAAUUACAAGUUGGUAUGCAUUGCAACUGGCCGGUCUGAUGAUGAUGGCGAGCUUGACAGUUUUUCUGAAGUUUAUUCAUACACAGCUGGUUCAUGGAGUAGAGGCGAAAACAUCCCUUAUGUGUAUUCUGAUGUAACCGGUGGUGUGCUUCUGUAUGGUGCUCUUCAUUGGUUAGGUGAAGAUGCUUCUCAUUGGUCAGACGAUACGCCACCCGUAAAGAAACUAUAA